AUGUCUGAACAAAUCACUAAACAACCAAAAUUAGCGCAAGCCCUAAAGAUCCAAUUACGUUCCAAAGAUGCAACUGUCCCAACCAAAGGUUCAAAUACCGCCGCUGGUUACGAUAUAUAUGCCUCUAAGGAAUGUGUUAUACCAGCUGAAGGUCAAGGUAUGGUCUCUACAGAUAUCUCAUUUACAGUACCUUUCGGCACUUACGGUAGAAUUGCACCAAGAUCCGGUCUAGCUGUUAAGCAUGGUAUCCAAACAGGUGCUGGUGUUGUUGACAGAGACUACACUGGUGAAGUUAAGGUCGUCUUGUUUAACCACUCUAAGAAUGAUUUUAAGAUUGUCAAAGGUGACCGUGUUGCUCAAUUGAUCCUGGAAAAAAUCGUUGAUGAUGCAGAAAUUGUUGUCGUAGAAUCAUUGGAAGAUAGUGAAAGAGGUGCUGGUGGUUUUGGUUCUACCGGUAAAUAG